AUGCUGGUCAAUCAAUACUUAAGUUAUCACCAAUAUUUUAAUAUUCAAAAAUUGGACAACGUGAUGAGAUACUUGAAAUGGAUAGCCAUGUACGCUUAGUUAUCUCAAAGUUGUUCGCAAUAGCAGAUAUGUGCUCAACUUAUACUGCUCACUGAACUUGACUUGUUUAUCAAGACAAUAAUUGUGAUUGGAUCUUCAAUUAAUUCAAUCUUACAACCUAAUAUUUUUGAGUUUUACUUGACUAUUCCCUACAUGAUUUUGAUCUUGGGAGUGAUGCUAUACGAUUAUUGGAAUAAUAAUCAAGAAAAACAAAAUAGUAACAUUCAACUCUAAUAAACUAAGUUUAUCAAUCUUAAAUAAUAGUCAAAUUAAUUUGAUAGACAGUCUUCUUAACUAUAGAUCCAAGAAAAUGCACUCAAGUCUCCUGAUUUAGAAUGCUAAGAUCAGUAAAAUAGUCCUAUGGUUCUUGAUAUGCAAUGCAAUGAGGAAGAAGAUGUCCUAGCACACAUGUAUUAAUGUCUAUUACCCAUCAUUUAGGGCAUGGAUUCACAAUUAAUCUAUUUUAGUCUAUAAUUAGAAUUUUGAGAUUACCUACUAGAACUUUUACUUAGGAAAACUUAAUAAUCUCCAAAGUAAAGGGAUGAACCACGAUUAUGAGCAAGUCUUUCUAGAAUCUGUCAUAGAAAUCGGAAGUAGGGAAGUCAAUGAUUUAUUUGGGAAUUCAGAAUUAGACUUGGACUAAGAAGAGUAUUAUUUCAUUCUAAUAUAACAUAAAUUAGUUCCUUGAUUUUAGACAGCACUGUACAUAGUAGAUACAAGAUUAAGGGUGGAUUACACAAAAUAAGGUAGAUGAUAGCUGCAUUAUUUAGCAAUUACUAAAAGUAUGACUAUAUUAUUAAAUUUUAAGAUGGAAAUUCUUUACUUUUACUCUCUUCAAAAUAAAAAGCAACGAACUUGAUUUCAGGAAUAUUCAGAUUAAGGUGUUGGUUACUGAAGUGAAGUCUAAGCUUUAUACACUCUUUAUGUUUGAGGCUAUGCAAAAGGUGUCUUCAAAAAGAGUAUUGGAUGAGCCACUUCAAUUUUAAAAUGUUUUCUAAACCUUUCUAUCUGAAUCCAACAAUUACAUCAAUGUCAUACAUUUAUUGCUUCUUCUAUGUUCACAUGAACAUGAAAAGAAUGCAGGUAAAAUUUCAAAAGAAUAUUUAAAACAAAUGAGAAUGAGCACAUAAAAGUUUAUGAUUUUUCUUGGGACCAUGAAGGAUCUGACUCUGUAACUUACAAACCAAUUGAUUUUCAGAAAUUCGACAUUCAAACUUGCUGACAUCCUGGAUGAACUCUAACUCAUUUAUGAAGAUUGCUUAAAAAUUAAGGAAAUAUCAAUCGUUCCAAUUAUAGAUACUGAUAUGAUAGUUUUCAAUGAUUCGGAUCGUGUAAAAUCUAUAUAUAAUAUUUAGACCAAGCAAAUUCUGAAAUGUCUUUUCGAAAUUGCUAUUAAAUACACUGUUGCUUCAAAAAUUAGAAUUGAUAUUCAUCAGGUAUCACCAAACAAUUAUCAAUUCUAAAUAAAAGACAUUCCCUUCAAGGAAGAAAGCCAAAAGUCUUAAUAUCAAGCAGUCCUAAAAAACACAGCCUAGUUAAUGAAAACCAACUGCAAGGAUUUUGACAUGAGUAAUCUAUUGGAAUUACAAGUAUCUGCAAUUCUAGCCUUCUUACUUUCUGGAUCUCUUCGUAAAUCUUUGGAAUUGAGCUUGGAUAGUCACUUCCAAGGCACUUUCACAUUUACUGUUGAAUCACUUCCAAUCAACACUAAACAUGGUUAUCUUGCUUAACAAAUCAAACCUAAACGUGCAUUUGAAACAUCACUCUCCAUGCUAUUGGCCUAAGCGUAAGACAGUUCCCAUUACAAGAAUGAAGAAUCUAAAUACAUGUCUUUCACUUAGAUUUCAAAACAGUACUCGCUAAAACCUGAUGUCCCAUUUGAUUUAUAAAGUGCUCAUUUCUCGCAAAUAUCCAAAAUCAAAUAGGAGUCUCCCCAAAUCAAACCCUUAGGUUCAUAAGCUCAAAGCAAUUCAGGUGGAACCUACAAAAUAUAGGAUUCCCUGUUUCCAAAAAGUUUGAACACCAAUAACCCAUCAAAAGUCAUCAAGAGUGAUUCUGCAGUCAAUGAAUCUUCCAAGCCUAUGACUAGUGCUUUGGAUUUUGGAGAAAGCACCAAUCCAAAUAUCGAUCCUCCAGAGUUAAGUCCUAAGUUUCUACAUUCAGUGAUCAAGUUCAAAUUAACUAAUCAAUGUUGUUCAAAGGUCAUAAUUGCAGACAACGAUUAUUUGAAUGUUUCCGUUCUUUAAAUCCUGCUCAAUAAAUACGAAGUCAAAUCUGAUAAAGCCUUUACUCAGUAAUAAACUCUUUAGUUGAUUAAAAGCAAGUCUCUUAAUCCCUGCAGAUGCAAAAACAGCUCCUAUUUAUUAUAUUUUAUUGAUGCCUCCUUACCAGUAUGUAUUUAUACCUAUAUAGCAAUCAGCUGUGGAUUUGAUAAAGGAGAUAAAACAACUGUUUAAAUCUUUGCAAGUAGACAAAGGCUUCAUCAUUGCCAUGGCUAGUUAUAGUGAUAUGGAUUUGAAGUUGAGUUGUUUCAACUCUGGAAUCGAUUACUUCAUCACUAAACCUUUCGAUUUGUUUGAGUUAACUGCUAUUCUUUAGUAUAUAUAAUUUUGA